CCACACGUACUUUUACACGACCCAUGGACAUAACAACCAACACAACCCUGGCGUUUCUUUUUACCACCACAAUAACCAACUGAACAUGUGUGUUAACAGCGGUCAACAUACAUAUACGGUUAACGCCCCUUUCUAUCCAAACGCUGGACAAAACUAUCAUUUUUCAAGCUCCUUCAGCCAUAAUACUGGAGUAAGCAUGUAUGUGAACGGACAGCUGGUUGGAUCUCAAACAAAGCCUUCAAAUAAUCACUAUAAUCCCAACGCGGGCCAUCAGCAACCACUUUGCUUUGGUUCGUGUGGUUCGAACCCAGCACCGGGCUCGCAGAAUGUCAAUAUGGCUAAUUCGAUAAUGGCAGGAGCCGGAAUCCAUGAUUUGAUGACAAACUCGCUUUUGGGAUGUUUGGGUACUACUGCCUUGAAUAUCAUAACGAGUACCCUUUUUCCAAAACCGGGGAAUUUAUUUCCGUGGUUGCAUCCACAGAGCAAGUCAACUCUUCCAACUACGACGACUUAUGCAACACCAAUUGCACCAUUCUCAGCUGCUACUUCAGCACCAACAUUGCCUACAGUUGGUAAAAGAGGACCACUGUGCUACGAUUGUCACGAUCAAUCUUCUAUCAAUAGCUGCACCAACUUGACGCAAUGUGACCAGACCCAAGUAUGUUUGGUUUUCGAACACAUCGACGGCUUUGAACACAGAUGUAUGGAGAAAAACAAAUGUUCGCAGCUUCAAUCUGUCAGCACAAAUUUGUGCUGGACCUGUUGCUCUGAAGAUUUGUGCAACAAGCAUUGCACGCCAACGCAGCAGCAUCGUGUACCCACCCCAGUAACCACCGUGAAAACUACACAACCACCAUUUACAGUAUCAGCGACGUCACCAAUUGCAUCCAAUAUAGUCCAAACCAUGUGUUCGGACAAUCCUCAGUGUGCCCAGCUGGUGACUGCAGGUUACAGCGUCUGUUCCGACCCAGUGGUCUCUCGGUCUCUUUGUAAAAACAAGUGCAGCAACUGUCCUUAGCAUUUGGCAUGACUUAUUGGUCUUUGUCUCAUCGAUAUUGGAUAUGAACUAACUUUGUAUAAAUAUUUGAAUAAAUGCAUACUUGCCUUGC